AUGAAGGUAUGUUUAAAACCAACUUUAACUUUGAUAUAUUUGGGUUAUUGACACAGGAGGUCUGCUGCUAAAGUAAAAAUAUAUCAUAUCAAGUUUUGUUGUUUGGCAGCAAUGAACAUUUGUGAUGUUCUAUACCGACCUGUGAUUUACACUUUCAUCAAAAGGUUAACAGGGGCGGGCAAAAUCCAGAUCUGACAAAGUUUCAGUGGUUCCGUGUUUAUUAUCUAAAGUCAGCGUCAUUUCACUGCCAUAUAUAGGAAUUGAGAAAAGCUGCUUUAUCAUUUUCAUACUGUAGCCUUAGCACCUGUCCAUGUUCUCACCUGGUUCUUCCUCUUUCUCGCUGUGCUGCGAACCUAACAUCUAACAAACAGAUCAGAGCAUUUAAACUUGUUGUUGGGUUACUUACAUGAACAAUUGUAAUAUCAAACACAUUAGCUCCUUCCCUGAAAAUUUAAGUAUUUAACUUAAGACAAAUGUUAGCCUGAUACUCCCCCUUACAUUGUUCAUAACAUAAUACAAUAAUAAGAUUGGACUCAUACUUUGUGAUUAUAAAGGUCUUCUGGGCGGCGCAGACAUGUGGCACCUCUUUGAUUUUACUCUCUCACCUGAAUCUGGACACAGAGGAUAAACAUGAUGUCCUUACAGAUCUUCAGGGACUUUGUUGGUCUGACUGCUGACUGAGUCAAAAUGAAAGUUGGUUUCUAUAUUCCAGCUGGUGUCCGUCACCGUCCUCUUCCUCUUGGCUCCUCAGCUGAUCAGCAGUCAGCUCCUCCUGCCACUCGACUGUAGUGAGAUCUAUAAUAAUAGCCUGUCCAGUGGAGUGUACACCAUCUAUCCUAUAGGAUCCACGUCUGCUGUUCAGGUAGGCCACACCUUCUCUGGUCCAUCUGUACACGAUAAAACUGAGAGGAGAAGAUUAUCUCUAACAUGUUAGAUGAAUUAAAAGCUCUUAACCAUAACAAACUUAUUUUAACAUGUUUUAACAGAGUUCAUUACAGGUCACUCUACUAUGUGGUCAGGAUACAGCAGUCUGGUAUCAAUAAGAUAAGAUGUUCCUUUAAUAGUCCUGCGGGGGUAACUUCCAAACUACAUAAGCAUGAAUACAGAUACAAAAAGAGAAAAAUUAAAGGAUAAAGAAACAAAAGAGUAAAAAUAAUCAACACACACGGGCCACCCAAAGUCUGAAGGGGCCCAGCAGAGGGCGCUGCACUACCAUCAGUGUUGUAUUUCCUACACCAAAUACUUGGAAACAUAAAAAAAGACCAUAUUACAAAGGUGAUGAUUUUCUGUUAGGGUUAGUAUAAACACACGGUUGAUGGAUAAGGAGUAUUAAUGCAGCUCUGUGUUUAGGUGUACUGUGACAUGGACUCUGAGGGAGGACGCUGGACGGUGAGUGUUAAAUAAUAUCAAUAUUCUUUAUUAUUGCUCGUUUCUGAUGACAAAGUUAUUUUACAAUAUUCAUACAUUCUGUAAAAUAAAAUAAGUGUCCCCAUGAGUAAAUGCUAUUUUUUUUUUUAAAAAAAGGGAAAAAAAAAUUAUGAAGAUUUUUUUUCCCUCAUUUAGCAGAAACAUCUUUAGCUGGUGACGUGCUCUCUGAGGGAGACAAGAUCUAUUUUAGCUCCUGGUUAGAAGUUUGGAGGGUGUCUAAUUUUCAACUUUCAUUUCUCCAAAUCUGGACUAACAAUGUUUCUCUAAGGUUGUUGAUCAAAAUGUUUACCUGACUGACCCUCCACCUUGUUCCUCAGGUGUUCCAGAGGAGGAUGGAUGGCUCUGUGAACUUCUACAGACCCUGGGAUCACUACAAGAUGGGCUUUGGGACUGCUGCUGGAGAGUACUGGCUCGGUGAGAAAGGACACUGAGCAAUCGUCCAUCGGUUUAUAAAGAUAAACCAUGAAACUGUGACUUUUUAAAAGUGACUUAGUGGACAGAAGGGAAAAGUCACACAUGUUUAAAGUUCAUUUGAGCAGAGAAGAACUACAUGCACAAACUGGGUAUUCUGUAAAGCAUGAAUAAGGGAAAUCUGUGAAACUGAACUCAAUUACUUUUCUCUGAGGAUUCAGAUUUUGAGGGUCCAGAAGAGGUCUCCUUAAAUCCAAAACUUUGUCACUUUGAUUUAAAUGUUAGAGUCAGCUCACUGUAGGAGGUGGUUGUGGUGUGAAAGGACUUUAAAUUUAUCUGUGCCUCGUGUGUGUGGUCACUCUCAGGUCUGGAGAAUCUCUUCCACCUGACUCUAAGGAAGAAAAACGAGCUGCUGGUCAACAUGGAGGACUUCAGUGGAAACAAAGCGUUUGCUCGUUACACCUCCUUCACCAUUGAUCCAGAAUCCUUCGGUUACAGACUGCAUGUUUCUGGAUUCGUAGAUGGAGGGGCAGGUGGGUCAGCCUCAACUUUUUGUUUGUCUGAUAUCAAGGUGAUAAUGUCCUAACAGAUUACCUGCCAUAGAUUUUAAUGACAGUCACUAAUGACCAAACUCAAGUGUAAACUUUUGGUGACACUGCUGGUUCGUUAGGUUGUUGUGCUGGGGUAACAUUUAAAUCGUCGUGACUUUGCUGUUGUUGUGGUUUGUAGGUGACUCACUGAGUAAUCACGAUGGACUAAAGUUCUCCACCUUCGACAAAGACCAGGACGCCGUGAAUCACAACUGUGCCAAAAAAUAUUUGGGGGCAUUCUGGUACAACACAUGCCAUCAAACAAAUCCAAACGGGGUUUAUCGCUGGGGGGCUGAUGGUACUAUGAAUGCUGUUGGAGUGGAGUGGUCAAGAUGGAAAGGCCAUGACUACUCUCUGAAGAGCAUCAGCAUGAAGAUCCGUCCUGUGGAGUAG